AUGGACCAGACCAUGACCGAAGGGCAAUCAGCCCGGCCAGAAACUCAGAAUAUCCUCACUACGAAUACCACAAUGCCACUCUUCCAGGCAACCGGACGGACGCUACGCUCGGCCUCGGUCAGCGCUCUCACGACACUGCUAGAGUACAAUCCCUCCGGUGGGAUGUGGCAGGCAACCGGGACAGCUAUUGCACACGCGCCAAAUGUGACGGAUCUACGAUCGCCCGAUGAUGUUUUCUUCGAUGUACACGGUCGAGGUGUAAGGCGAGUCAGCACGCAAGAUACAAUUGGCGGUGCGAUAAUUCGGAGAGCGACGGCGCCUACGGUCGAACCUGGAGGCUUGCAUGAUGAGAAGGACAGAGCUGCACCAGCCAAAGGCCCCCUUGAACCUCGGUUUGAACAUCAUAAAACCAAUGAAGACCACAUUGCUCCAAAAGUAUCCUGGGCCGACGCCUUCAAGAAAGCUGCUGUUGCCGCAUGGAGAUUCAUUCUUACGCCUACGGGCCUUUUCAUCCUGGUUUAUGGUCUCAAUGUGGUCGCUUGGGGUGCCAUGUUAUUUUUCCUCUUGCUGAACGUUGGUUCGAUGAGCAAGGAGCGCAAAGAAAUAUGGAUUGAAAUCGAUUCCCAAAUUCUCAAUGCGUUGUUCUGUCUGACUUCGUGGGGGUUGGCGCCAUGGCGGAUUCGCGACACCUAUUGGCUGCUGAUGUGGCAUUUCGGUUCGGCAAAAGCAUCCAACAAAUCCAUAACCCAGCUUGCAAAGCGAAAUUCGAGUUGGUAUAGAAUGCGGAAUCCCAAUUUCGAGGAGUCGAGUUACGACCAAAUGGCGGCUCGUGAGACCCUAACGGGCAAGGUUGCUCCACCGACGAAAACAUGGAAAAUGGACUUUGUGGUGAUAAAUAUGUUGUUGAAUAGCUUGUUCCAGGUUGGAAUGGCGGCAUUCAUGUGGGCGUACAACCGCCAUACUCGCCCGGCCUAUGGAGUUGGCCUUUUCAUUGGUUUGGGCUGUUUCAGUUCGCUUCUGGCAGGAAUAAUGUCAUGGUGGGAGGGGAGAAAAGUCAAGUUGAUCGAGGGUGCCUUCUUUGAAGGGAUACCGGAGAACGAAAAGCAGGAGACUAUACAGACAUUAGCCUAA